UUGUUCCCCAUCGGAAAAGGAUAGCAGACGGACCGACGCCGGAUGUUGCUGUCCGAUCUGAGUGGGGUCAUCUGCGGCGGGUAGGCGAGUCGCGCAGGCGCAGAGAGUCCGUGACCCGCCGGUUGAGAUCGCUUCAGAGGGAUGCGGAGACGACCCUGAGAGACCAUGGCAGCGGCUGACGAGCUGGCCUUCCACGAGUUCGAGGAAGCUACUAAUCUGCUGGCCCAGACCCCGAAUGAGACCACCACCAGAAGUGAUCAGCUGGGCCCUAAGGGGCACGUGGCUGUGGCCAUGGACUCAGGCGGCAGUUAUGGAGCUGAGGAUGAGGUAGAGGAGAGCGACAAGACUGAGCUCCUACAGGAGGAGAAGCCGCAGCCUGGUUUCUGGACCUUUGGCUACUAUCAGAGCUUCUUCGAUGUGGACACUUCACAGGUCCUGGACCGGAUCAAAGGCUCACUGCUGCCCCGACCCGGCCACAACUUUGUACGGCACCGCCUGCGGAAUCGGCCAGACCUGUAUGGCCCCUUCUGGAUCUGUGCCACGCUGGCCUUCGUCUUGGCCAUCACUGGCAACCUGACCCUGGUGCUGGCCCAGAGGAGGGACCCGUCCAUCCACUACAGCCCCCAGUUCCACAAAGUGACCGUGGCCAGCAUCACCAUCUACUGCUACGCGUGGCUGGUGCCGCUGGCGCUGUGGGGCUUCCUGCGGUGGCGCAAGGGUGUCCGGGAGCGCAUGGGGCUUUACACCUUCCUGGAGACCGUGUGCGUCUACGGCUACUCCCUCUUCGUCUUCAUCCCCACCGUGGUCCUGUGGCUCAUCCCUGUCCCGUGGCUGCAGUGGCUCUUCGGGGCCCUGGCCCUAGCCCUGUCGGCCGCCGGCCUGGUGUUUACCCUCUGGCCCGUUGUCCGCGAGGACACCCGCUUGGCAGCUGGGGUGCUGCUCUCGGUGGUGGUGCUGCUCCACGCCCUCCUGGCCAUGGGCUGCAAGUUUUAUUUCUUCCAGCCGCUGCCUCCAGAGCCCAUGGCAUCUCCCCACCAAGCUACCUCUCAGGCUCCAGCCACAAUGUUUCCACCCACCCUACCGAGGUCCGUGGCAGCCUAGGAAGGCUGAGCCCGCAGGCCCAAGAGAUGGUGACUAAAGGCUCCCCUGAAACCUCGAGAUCAUUUCGCUACUUUCCAGACUUUUCUUACAAAGCAAACACUUUUAUUUUCUAUGCAAAGGUGAUUCAGAGAAUUUAUAUAAAGGCGGGAGAGGGACAGAGUAGGGAGCUUCCAGGGCGGCCAUCGCCCCCGGGGGCCUCCCCAGCCUGGGCCACACCUGCUCUUCCUGGGGCACCCAGAGAGCGGGCCUUGAGCUGAGCCUGGGCUCCGCCACAUCCAAGUCUGGGGCUGUUAGAAACGGGGGGGGGCACAAUUAGAAGAAAACUGCCUGUGCUGAAACAUAUAUUUCCGUGGGUUUUUUUAUUUUUAUUUUUUUCCUUUUCUUUCCUUUUUUUUUUUUUUUGGAGAGGUCCCUGCAAGGCCCCUUCCCAGGUUGGGGAGGGACCAGAAUGCCGUCAGAGUAGGAGGGACAGGAGGAGCAUCUACAAAUACUGAAGGGGGUACACAGGCCUAACGUUAGCUACAAGGAAAAAGGACGCCUUCCACGACAGACCCUUGAGGUUUCUGCGUCUGCCCCAAGCGGCUGACGCUGACCCUUCCCUCCAGGCCCAGGGCCCCCAGGCCACCCAUUCUAGCUCUGGGUGCAGGUGGCGGCAGGGCCUGCAGGGGCUCAGGGACAGGACAGCAGCAAGAGGCAGGGGCUGAGGACGGAGGGCCUUCCCGACAGCCGGGUGGGUUUUACAUUCAAGUGUGAGGUGAACCCUUUGGUGGGAGAGGGCCGAGGGGCUCCCUGGGCUCCGGAGGCCCGGCCCCACCCCAUCCUGAAGACUCGGCAGGGCCGCCCCUCACCACUGAGACUCUGAGCUGGGGAGAGGGGCUGCUGGCUCGGCCCGGCCGGCCUGAUUUCUCAGAGGGUCUGUGGAUUGACACUGGUUCUUUUCAUAAAAAAAUAAAAUUAAAAAAAGCAGCA